AUGGAUCAGCCACCGCUAGCGGGGAAUUCUCAGGUUUUGGUUGCCGCCCUCCUCCUCGCUCCCAACGUUUUGGGACGAGCGAUCCCGGAGUCGGCGCAGAACGGAGUUGCUAACAUCCGUGAGCGAGGCGUUGCCUUUAACGAUGCCGUCAAUAUCGAAGGCCGCGAGGCCAUCGACAUCGUCUUGACCCACCCUGCCGGCGAUGACCACAAGGAGAAGAAGGGCUCCAAGCCCAAGAGCCCUAGCAAGGGCAAGGGCAAAGACCGAAAGGCAAAGCCCGAGAACAACGUCCUCCGCCGCCAGGAAGAGGACGAGGAAGAGAAGCCCGCCCCCGUUCCCGUAAAGGAGGCUCCUCCCAAGAAGGAGACACCUAAGAAGGAUGACGACGAGGACGACGACGAGGAGGAAGCCCCCAAGAAGGAGACUCCCAAGAAGGAGACCCCCAAGAAGGAUGAUGAUGACGAGGAGGAGGAGGCUCCUAAGAAGGAGACCCCCAAGAAGGAGACUCCCAAGAAGGAUGACGAUGAUGAGGAAGAGGAGGCUCCUAAGAAGGAGACUCCCAAGAAGGAGACCCCUAAGAAGGAUGACGAUGAUGAGGAAGAGGAGGCCCCCAAGAAGGAGACCCCAAGAAGGAGACCCCAAGAAGGAUGA